UUCAACGUGGCCUCUCAAAAUUCCUCAGCUUAUCUAUCUCUCUUCCUCAACGAUUUUUCUAGGGUACUCUCAGUCUCAGCUCAGCUCAUAUAGUUGAUUCAUACUAGAUAGAUGGAUAGUAGAAUCAAUCACACAGACAGACGGAUUGUGACACUCAAUCUUUGAGGUCCGAGUUUUUCUUUAUUCCUCCAUCCGUCAUAAUCCCACCACACAACAAAACAAACUUUUCCGGGUUUCCUUUUCUCUUCUUCGUUUCUUUUGUUUUUUUUUUCUUUCCUAUUAAGUAGUCUUAGUGGAAAAUAUAUUUUCUAAAAUUUAAAGAAAAGACCUCUGACAACUUGGGUUUGCGUUUGCCUUGUGGCUUCUUCUUCUAUCAAAUGAAGAAGUAUGCGGACAAACAUCCGUGCACCAACCUCAGUACCAUAGCAGAUGGCGGGCAGUGAUAAUAUCAGCACCCACAGCCACAAGGAUUUCUACAAAGUUUUGGAGGUUGAUUAUGAUGCAAAUGACGAGAAGAUCAGAUUCAAUUACCGAAGGCUUGCUCUGAAGUGGCAUCCUGACAAGUACAAGGGUGACAGUGACGUUACGACAAAGUUUCAAGAGAUUAAUGAAGCUUAUGAAGUGUUAAGUGAUCCUGCUAAGCGACUUGACUAUGAUUUAACUGGAACUUAUGAGAUUGAUAAGUACACUUUACGGGAAUAUCUUGCCAGAUUUAAAGGAAUGAUACUUACGUGCAAUGGGCUGGGUAUUGGCCAUACAUCAACAUGCACAAAACAAGUGAUGGAAACUGAUGGCUUAAGCGAAAAAUAAGGUUUAAGGUAUGGUGCAGUGCAGCUACUUGAACAGGUCGGCUUCUGAGAAUCUGAGAGUCUUAUGUUGACAAGUAGUAGAAUUUAUACCUACUACAGUGUAAUGGGGCUUUGUUAAUGGAUCACUAUAAUGAAUGAAGUUGCAUGGCAUGAGUUUAGUGUAGGCUCGGGCCAGUUUGAUUUGAACAGUAAUAUCGUACGUCUGUGGAUCUUUCUAGAAGUAAAAUAUGACGCUUUAUAAACGUAAAAAUAUGAUGCACAAGUGUAUACUUGUUAUAUAAUACGAACGGCAUUCAUAUUGUAUU